UCAGCUCACUCUCUCAUCACAGAUUCACUCACUCUCACCUCUCUACCUCACUCACCGCAGUUCCGAACGUUCACCGCCGAACACAACGGCAGCCAACGGAGGACGUCACUCGUCACUCCCAUCGCUUGCUCCUCUGCGUCGUCUCGGCGCCGCCAGUGUCUGCUCGCCUCUGCCUUCUUCGUCUUUGUUGUCCUGGCCGCCUUGGCUCCGCUGUUCCUCGCCUGCCUCAGCCUCGUGCCUCUUCUGCCUCUGCUUCCUCCGUCGUCAUCGUGUUGGCUCCUCUGCUGGCUCUGCUCUGCUCUGUAACGGGGCAACACUGCAGCGGCCUCAAGAGUUGGAAAACCGUCCCUGAUUCUGUCUCUGACUUUCUGCUUCUGCACUGUAGUGUAGUCUAAACUUGGCAGCGUGAACAGUUUCAUCCAUACUCCAGAAACUUGAAGAUGAGAUCGAAUGAGAGCCCUUUGACAGAGAUAUACAUACCAGGAGAAUGGUCGGAUGCAGUGGAGUUUAUCGUGUCAAAGUGGAGUCCUCCUCCUAUUGUUUUGAUUUGCGGCGCCAAGAAUUGUGGGAAAACAACGUUUUCCCGCCAUCUCAUGAAUGUGAUGUUGCAGAAUGGCAUGUGUUCCUACGCCAAGGUUGCUUACCUUGACACCGAUGUCGGCCAGCCUGAGUUCACUCCUCCUGGUUUUGUCUCUCUCACCAUUGUUGACAAAGUCACUUCAGAUUUGACAACUCCAUGCCUGAAAACACCGGAGAGGUGCCUUUAUUUUGGUGAUGUGUCUUCUAAAAGAGAUCCAUCAACAUACUUAAAUUAUGUAUUUUCCAUAUUUGAUUACUACCGGAGGGAGUAUUACAUGUUUGAUGAAGAAGACAAUUCUCCUGGGACUCUGGUGCCUCUUAUCGUGAACACUCCUGGCUGGGUGAAAGGCAUUGGUUACGACAUAUUGGUGGAUAUGCUGAAACAUAUUUGCCCCACACAAGUUGUUAAGAUAGGCAUAUCCUCCACAAAUAAGAAUUUGCCUGCUGGAGAAUUCUGGUUAGAUAGGGAACAUGAUGGAACAAUUGACUUAAUCGAGAUAAAGUCAGCUCGGCAAGACUCAUUCAAUAGAUCGGUGCUUGUUCAAAAGGAUGCACAUCUCUUGCGUGAUUUACGAAUAAUGGCUUAUUUUAGACAGUGCUUCCCUGGUGAUUCAGAUAUUUCUACUAUCAAAGAACUUGCAAAUUCCUUGGCCUCUCACUGCCCUUAUGAAGUUCCCAUUGCAAGCAUAAAGAUUCGACAUCUUCAUUGUGAGGUCCGAAGCUCUGAAAUAUUCUACAGUUUGAAUGCUAGUAUUGUUGGCUUAACAGUUGAUUCUGAAGAACCUGAAGGUUUACCUUGGUGUCUUGGCCUUGGGAUUGUGAGGGGAAUUGACACAGUCAGAGGUGUGCUCUAUGUGAUUACACCUGUGCCGCAUAGUUCUCUAGAAAGGGUCAACCUCCUCCUACAGGGUUAUAUACAAAUUCCUACCUGCUUAUUGCAAGUUUAUGGAUGCAUAUCACCUUACAUGACAGCGAAUGCUUUGACCACAAGCUAGUUAAUAGUUAUCGUCUUGAGUUGGUAAAGAUGACCAUUGCAGUAACAUAGCCGUACUAGGCUUCUUGAUUACUGUAGAUGCUUCCUUUUCCAUGGAACAAUCUCCCAGGAUAAUAAUUAUAUGUGUUCGAUUGAGAGUUUGUUUCCUAGGUGGAAAAAUAUAACAACUUUGGGAAUUGGGAUGCUAAUUCGUUUCUCUGAAAUAUAAUAAUAGAAAAUUGGAUUAGCUUACUAGUGUUCUGAAUUCCGUUUAGCAAUAAUUGUCUUGCAUAAAGCUUGCAAGCUAUCAUUUACUUUACCAAUGAUAAGAACCAGAAACUUUAGUAGCUAAAUUGAUGAGUUGAAUUAGAGAUGAAUAUGUUUGGGGAACUAUGACGUUGAUAACGAUUCAUAUUUGCGAGUUUUGUGGAGUUAGGUAACUAAGAUUUUUCUUUUCCUAGGGUUUUAAAGCCAAGGAGUUGUGUUAUUCAUGGGUGAAGAUUGAGAGUGGAGUUGUGUAACCUAAACAGCUAAUCUCAUUAUAUUGAUCAUGUGUAAACUUCAAUUGCAAAUUAGGGCCAACACAACAUCUUGCAUAUUUAUUGCUGAGUAGUUCCCAUAACACCCGUCACAUUUGA